AUGAAUGGUGAUAUCAGACACAAACUUCCGGCCAACACGUCCAUCUUUUCUGCCGAGCUUUGGGCUAUCUACCAGGCUGUCCAGACGAUUAUGGAUCUCGAUAUCUUCAGAAGCGUUAUAUUCUCAGACUCUAAAAGUGCAUUGGAGGCGCUUUGCAACCCUCAGGGAAUCCAUUGCAACUACAUUAUUUAUUAUAUUAAAAAAGCGUUUUAUGAAAUUCAAAAGCAGGGCAAGUCAGUCACACUGUUUUGGGUGCCGGCUCACGUCGGAAUUCCUGGUAAUGAAGCUGCGGAUCUUGCCGCCAAGGAUGCUGCGAUUAAUGGAUUCAAGCCCCCCUUCAGGGUGCCAUAUGAGGACAUGUUGGCUGAAUCAACAGCCCAAGCCAAGAGACAAUCUGUUGAAUCAAUGAAAGUGGUCUCAGCCAUCAAGGGCACGUUAUACUAUGAGAAUUUUUAUUCACAAUCCAAGCAUACUUAG